AUGAACUCUGUCUUGGUCACACUAAACUUUCCCAUGCUAUUUGCGGAAUAUUAUCUCCACGGGGACUACACGAUGCCGCAGUUUAUGGGAGUGGAACUGGGUGAACUGUUGAAGGUCGCCUGUGAAAGUGAACUGGCGCCGAUAGAAUGUCGGGCGCACGCAGUUGGUGGAGCGGCUGAAGCCGGUUUCACUGAGUUAUGUCGAUUAUGCAAAUCUCGGUUGUGCAAGUCGACAGAUCGACUUUCGGAUUUGAUCAGUCAAUCGUCUGAUUGUUCUUCCUACGUCGACGCACCACUUGCCUCAUCCUCGCAACUUCGACCUCCACCUCUGGUGGUGAUAUUCAGUCGCAUUUUGGACGAUGUAAUUCCGAUGCUGUUUCCGAUGAAGAUCGAAACAUUUAUUCGAAAAACUAUCGGGAUAGUUCUGGGUAGGGUGGAACUGUCAGAUUCUGCGUGCUCUGACAAAUCCUUGAGGAAACAGUUACUCAAGGCCACCCGUCAUUUACACACCUCAUGUGUAUUUAAAAAGCUGGAGGAAUGGGGUACCAAACUGCAAGAUACAUGUAGUGGACUGGAGUUUCAACUGGCCACACGUCCACCUACAAACAACUUCGAUUGCAGCGCCAGUCCAUCACAAACCACGCGAGCAUCAGCAGUGAAUAACUGCCGUGCUACCAGAAGGAAGCACGAGGACUUGAAUACUGCCAAGUUGCCCAAGCCUAGACAGGGGAAGUCGAGAGGCAGAGGUCAGGUUCGAAACACCUCGCGACUGAAACAUGAGACGGCCUUGUGCAGCACAUUCAGUUACCUGGAAACAUCACAAACGAGAGAUUCAGCUGGGUUCCAGGUGAGUCUCUCGAAAACCAACUUAGUCUUCGAAUGGGCGUAUUUCGCUAAUUUCGUGCGCCUACAUGAUGAGCCCCACACGGGCGCAAUCGGUCGUGGGUUGUCGAAUAAUUUUCAAAAACCUUAUGAGUAG